CUGUAGUGGAACAUACAGCGCUAUAAACGUGGAUUUGAACACCUAAGCUUUAAAACAUCGCGGACUAGCGGCUUGUGUGAAACUAUUGCACAUCAUUAAAAUAAGCGUGACAUUAAAUAAAGAAACAAAUGAUUCGUAUUAUAAUUCCAUCAAAUUAGAAUUUACAAGAAGUUAGAAGAAUACUUAUAUUUUGAUUAUGAAGAGGGUUCCGUGAAUACUUUCUGUGUGAAAACAUCCAGACCACCGAGUAAACCACUGCACAGUUGUCGUAUCUGUGGAAAUAUUGAGCAUCUGAUGUUUUGUCGUCGGCUGGCAAGUUAUCUAGACGCAAGUGUAGCAUUUCUGUAGAUAGAUUGGAAGCAAAGCAAACGCGAGUGUUUUUAUUAACAUGAGACGCAACAUUUUAUGAUAAUUAUAUGCAGAAUAAUUAACCAAAAAUACAACAAUUAUUUAUUGGGAUACGAUUAAGAUAAGCAGAUAUUGAGAAAAUACGUGAUAAUACACAUUUGUUUGGCAUAUAUUUGAAGAAGGGAAACUGCGUACCUCGCGUGUAUACAACUGUGUUCAUCUAACAGGAACCACUGAACUGUGUUUGGACUGCAUUUGAAUACGUUUUAACUGUUAUCGAUCAAUCUUCUUCAAAAUGGUUAAUGUUACGAUGAUCGCAUUUUGUAUGAUCGUUUGUGUCGUGGCCGUCUCAGAGUGUGGUGCGGGCAAUAUUAAAAUAAACGACGCCCCAGAAGAGGUGAAACUUUCAAAGGUUCAAGAAGAAAUGGAAGAGUUUCAACAUAAGACGACUGUACACCACUUUGCUCGUCACGGCCUAUGCGCUCACAUCCAAGGCAAAAUGAAAUUCUUCAAGGCUUUGCAGAAGCAUUUUAUCGGCAUCUCAGAUCAUAUGAGGGUAAAUUUUAUCAUGGAUAUCUGUUCUCAUAAGGAUGAAAUGCUGGACCUAUGGGUCAAAGAAAUCUUCGACAUGGAUGGGGAUGGCUACAUCUCACAUUUUGAGAAGGGCCUGUAUGACCACAUCAACUGAGACUGUGUAGCAUGGCAACGGUGAUCAUCAAUAACCGUACUGGUGCACAUUGUAGACUUGAUAACGAUUAAGCGCACAGUUCAAUUUCGAAGUGUACAUGUAGAUGACAAAACACUCCUUUAAGAUUGAGCUUUGCACCUCUCGGUUAGUACGAAGAUGUAAGUUUGGUUCAGGAACAUCCAUUCAAAAAUAAAUUUUAAAAUUGUAUGAACAGUCACAUAGAAUACUGUAUUUACAUGAAUAAGUUCCAGACCUUAAUAUGCAUGCGUCUUAAUUAUAAAAGAAAUUGAUCGAUAUUAUUUAUAUUAAUUUUUGUUUUUUCUAGUCAUAAUUAUUGGUGUUAGUUAUUGUAAGUCUGUAAAUUAAACGAAAUGUAUUUGCUACAUGUAUAUGAAUAAAUUAUGUCGUCGAAUAGGGCCUAUUUAUUUCUGCUAUAUAAAAUGUAACUCUAACAUUUAUACUGAAAUCACGAACAUGCACACAAUCGAAGAGAACGUUGUCUUGAAAUAUCAAUACUUACGUUUGACCCUGUUUAUGUCGAUUUAUUCAUGUUACAUAGUGAGAUUAUUUAAAAAAAAAUGUUUGUUCAUUGUGUAUUUUAUUAUGCUUUAUUUAUGUAUAAAUUUGCAUAAAACCAAUUGUUUUUGCAAACAUCAGUCGAAUAUUGUUUAAAAAUAAUACGUUUUCACUUAAUCAAAUCAAUGGUAUAUGUUGUUCGAUGUGUUUAAUGAAUCGUAUACGACAAGCUGAAGGCUACAGUCAUAACAUUGCGCAAAUUUCGAUGCAAGAAUAACAAUACGAUAAUUGCAAUACAACAUGACCAAUAGAAUGAAUAUAAUACAAUAAUAAUAAUACAGCCAUUUAUCUUCUGACAAUGUAUCUGGCGUUUCAUUAUUAUUUAGGUUGCUUCUUCUUUCAUAAUAUAUUGUUUAUUAGCUAUAUGUUUUCUGUUUGUCAUACUUAUUUAUUGGAAAUAGUCUUUAAUCGAUGCGGUAUUGUGAUAUUCUUGUAAAAUGUUUAUGUCCCGAAAUAUCGAUGUAAUUGUUGCAACACAAUUAUGAUGAUAAAUGAUUUUGAAAUAAAACAACAUGUGAAAUGUCGGUAUUUUAAGUGAAUAGUAAUGUCUUAUAUAUAACAAGUGUGAUACGUGAUCUAAACUGUUUAGUAUGUGGUCUAAUUGAUAUAUAAUUUAAUAAACGCAUUAAAUAUUUUAAUACAUUAAUCUUUGUUUACUAAAAAUCGAUAUAAGUGCAUAAAUCAUUGUCUUGUUUAUAAGAAAUUUAUUUUUGAUGACAUGCUUAUAUAUUCAUAACGGGUUAUUUUCAUGGCUAUUAAUCCAGUGUCAUAGUUGACAUAAAACCAGUGGACAACAAAUACGACAUAGAAACCGUCUCAUUUUUAUACAUGGAAUAAAUUUAUACAUAGUC